CAACAGUCCGCCGAGGCCUGAGGCUCCCGCUUCCUCAGCUGACCCAAGAGGCCGGGAAGGACUGUCCAGAGGCCAGAAGCCAUGGCUGUGGGGAACAUCAACGAGCUGCCCGAGAGCAUUCUGCUGGAGCUGUUCACGCACGUGCCGGCCCGCCAGCUGCUGCUGCGCUGCCGCCUGGUCUGCAGCCUCUGGCGGGACCUCAUUGACCUGGUGUCCCUCUGGAAGCGCAAGUGCCUGCGCGAGGGCUUCAUCACGGAGGACUGGGACCAGCCGGUGGCCGACUGGAAGAUCUUUUACUUCCUUCGGAGCCUCCAUAGGAACCUCCUGCACAAUCCGUGUGCUGAAGAGGGGUUUGAGUUCUGGAGCCUGGAUGUGAACGGAGGUGAUGAGUGGAAGGUGGAAGAUCUCUCUAGAGACCAGAGGAAGGAAUUCCCUAGUGAGAAGGUCAAGAAAUACUUCGUGACUUCUUAUUACACCUGCCUCAAGUCCCAGGUGGUGGACCUCAAGGCUGAAGGGUAUUGGGAGGAGCUAAUGGACACCACACGGCCGGACAUCGAGGUCAAGGACUGGUUUGCAGCCAGGCGAGACUGCGGGUCCAAGUACCAGCUGUGCGUUCAGCUUCUGUCAUCCGCACACGCACCUCUGGGGACCUUCCAGCCAGACCCAGUGACAAUUCAGCAGAAGAGCGAUGCCAAGUGGAGGGAGGUCUCCCACACAUUCUCCAACUACCCACCCGGCGUCCGCUACAUCUGGUUUCAGCACGGCGGCGUGGACACUCACUACUGGGCCGGCUGGUACGGCCCGAAGGUCACCAACAGCAGCAUCACCAUUGGUCCCCCACUACGCUGACAUCCCCUGAUGCCCCAUCCACCGAACCUUGACUGGUAAAUUACUCUCAGAGAAGGGCCAGGCUUGGGAAGGGGAGGUGGAGACCAGGUGUCCCCAGCUCUUGGGCUCAUUCUUGCCCCCCAUUGCUUCUUCUCUGUGGAGCCUCUUAGUUUGGGCAGCCCUUACAUGCUGGGGAGGGGGGGUGCAGCUCUCCAAGGUCUUGACCUAAAUGAUGACAGGGGAGGCCUGCAUGGGCCCCUUUAAGAGAUGAACCACGUGAGGUUAGGGAGCAUGUUCCCCUGGGCUCCUCUGAGAUAGGUCUCUAAGCUUGGAUGACACCUAGAUCUGGGACUUUACCUUCCCCCUCUGGGAGCUUUCUCCCUGUGUUGUUUGGGGCCCCUCAGAGCAGGAACAUGCAGGACAUCUGACAAGUUAGCAGCUGCCCUGGAUAGUGCAGAUGUGGAAAGUGCCCGUAUGACUCAGGCAGAUCUGGAAAGUAGGAGGUAGGCUCUGCUGGUCCACACUCUGCCCCAUCCUGCUGUUCACAGUCUUGCUUGCUCUGCCUGCCUACUCAGAAGAGGUGGCUUUGGUCCAGAGGCUCAGGCCCAGUUUGAGAUGGACAGACCCAGGGUGAGGUGGGAUCCAGGACAGGUAUGAACUGUCCUCACUAUCAGUGAAGCCUCAGAACCCAGAUGGAUAGCAGGCAGGAACAGGGCUCCUAGAGGACCUAAGGAAUCCUGCCCAGGGUGUCCCAGGGUAGGUAGGGGGCAGAAUUAGGCUCUGAUUUCUGAGAGCUGAACUUAUAAACAAGUGAGGUAGGGGGUUUUCAAGGACCACCUGUCUACCUUUAAGCUCAGGCCAGGCUCCCUGAGGCUUAGAGGGCAUUCUAAGCCUCCUCACCCCACCCCGAUUCUGCCUCUUUCUUCUGCUGGAAGAACAGUAGUGUUUCCUGACCUUGUCCUGUUGCAUGUGGCCAAAUAAAAUAUGUUCCCAGACCAA